AUGCGUCUUAAUUCUGGAAGUAGCAUUCACAAUUUGAUGGAAAUAAAAGAUUUUUCUAAAUGGCUUCUUAAAAUGGGGGAUGGUGAUCUUAGAGAUGAUGAUGAUGGAGAAUCUAUUAUAACAAAUCAAGAUAGAUUAUUGAUUAAAGAAUCAGAUGAUCUACUCUUGGAUAUGGUUGAUUUUGUGUUCCUGAAUAUCUUGGAUCAUAUAUCAGAUCCUACGUUUUUCAAAGAACGUGUCAUUUUAACUCCUAAAUUGGCAAAUGUUGUUGCUAUGUUAAACGAGCACCUAAUGACUUUAAUUCUGGGUGAAGAAAAUACAUAUUUGAGUUUGGAUAAUAUUCUGAAGCAAGAUGGUAAUUCUACCCUUGAGGAUGUCAAAUUCUCACCUUAG